CGUCUCAGUAUGCAUCCGCCAUGCGGGCUAGUGUUUUCCCUACAGAUAUAGAAUGCGUCGACGGCGCUCGGAUGAGCUCCCGCAGUUUGUGAGGGAGGUGGAGCCACGGGCAUUCCGAUGGCGACGCCGCUCUUGGAUAUACAUUGGCAUCUUCCUCCUGGCAUGUUGGAUACUGUACCCACGCCGACCUUCGUACGACGAUAGCAGUACAACCAAGACAAAGGGAUCGAAGCACGCAUACAGCCUGUACGCGACGGAUAGCGCAACCUUGUGCCAUGCGCUGCUACUGCUGGACGCGCUGGCUAGAUAUGGUAGCAAAGCAGAUCGUGUGUUGUUCUACCCCAAACACUGGGACCUUGUGAUAUCCGAUUCGAAAGAUCGGGACAGCCAGCUGCUGGUUAUGGCACGGGACGAAUACAAAGUAAAGCUGCACCCGACGACGUUACUGAGCGUUGAGGGUCGGACUACAGACGAGUGGACGGGUACCUGGGACAAAUCGGUCACGAAGUUUAUGGCAUUUUCCCUCGCGUCCUAUGAGCGCGUCAUUGCGCUCGACUCAGACAUCACAUUGCUGUCCUCGCUCGAUGAGCUCUUUGCGCUUCCACCCACACCGAUUGCCAUGCCUCGCGCGUACUGGUACGAGACGCUCCCACAGCCGCUCACAUCCCUUCUCAUGGUCAUAAAGCCGGACUUGGACGAGUUCCAGCGGUUCAAGCAGGUCAUAUAUGGAGGCGGCAAUCCUGCGCUUGUCAACGCGCACAAGUUUGACAUGGAGCUAGUCAACGAUCGCUUCGAGCACAGCGCAAUGGUUUUGCCGCAUCGGCCGUACGCCCUGCUGACGGGAGAGUUCCGGCGAAGCAAUCAUUCGGCGUAUUUGGGAAAUACAUUCGAGGCGUGGGAUCCCGAGAAGGUCUUCAAGGAGGCAAAACUCGUACACUUCAGCGACUGGCCGCUGCCCAAGCCCUGGAUCAUGUGGCCAUCCGAAGGGCUGGCCGAGGUGCAGCCUGACUGUGGGGGCAGCCAUGAAGGGACGUGUUUGGAAAGGGUCAUCUGGAAGCAUCUGUACGAGGAUUUCAGGCAGAGGAGGAAGGACAUCUGUCGUCUGCUCAGCGUGCCUGCGCCCGACUGGCACAGCAUCCGGGGCGCGGCGCGCUCAAAUGCUACCGAUGGCACAACGCACCAAGCACCUCACGCAAAAGGCGAGGCGGAUGCUCGCAGCGACUCCAGCACUGAGCAGGGCGUUGCACACGACGCAUAGGACAUUGGAGGUCUGUUGCACUCUCGCACUGCGCGUCUGCAAUGUCGAUGUUCUCGUAUUGUUCUCCUACUCUAGUGAUCACGAAUGCUUGUCUGUGACCAUGUGCGCGCUUAUGCGGGAUUGUACCGUGUAGAUAAUAUCUGUACUUGUCCGACGCCGGCUCCGCCCCAUACCUGUGCCUCUGGCGCUGCUGAUCGGGGAAUAUCCGUCGGCACAUCAUCAGCCAGCAUGUAU